AUGUAUUCAGCGCGCGCGGAAAGCAGCAGCUACAAAGACAGCAAAGACGGCAAAGACUACAAAGAAAAGGAGAACUAUCUGCCUACGCCAGAACCGAGCAGCGAUGCAGGAGUGUAUGGGGAGGGAAGUGCGUACGUGCCUGCGCCGGUGCACAAACCAGCACUCAAACCCAUGCUUAAGAGAGGAAUCCCGUGUAUGGGCACAGCUGUCGGUGGCUUGAAUGGUUUGGAUGGUCUCGCACAGGUCGCUGGACUCGCUACACCUCCACCAUCCUCGCCUGUGUCUGUGCACGCCGACAUACAAAAGCAGGAGCAGGAGCACACUUACUCGGAUUUUACCUCUAUCGACAGCGACAGCGCCAGCGCGGAGAAGCAACGCGACGACAACGACGAACUGCUGACACGCGCCACACCAACCAAACCAACACAGCCACCUCAACCAGAAACACACAUCCACGCGUCGCCCACACGCACAACGGUGAUUGGACGCGGACGGCAAGACUGGCAGAAGGCGCAAGGGUGGCAUGCGCAUCUGCAGCAGACGGACGGCCGUGCGCGCCACUACGUGUUUCCAUCCACACAUGGCCACGUGAGCCGGGUACAUUUGUGCGUGUCGCCGGACGCGCCGCACAACAGCUACACGGUGCACGUACUCGGGCGCAACGGGGUGACUGUCAACGGGCGACACAUAGCCCGUGGUGCCAGACUGCGGAUGGCGCAUAGACGCGGAGGCGUCACUGUUAGCUGUCUUGUGCCGCACCGACUCGCUGCGAGGCCGCGGUACAAACUCGUCGCUAGGUCGCAGACACCCGCUGUCGAUGUCGCCCUCGGACACACUCGCUUUGCCUUUCAUUGGAAUGACCUCAUUCAGCCUAAAUCUGUCCUUAGCGAUUGCGUCAGUGAUGAGAGCGAGAGUGAGGAGUGCGACGCGGACGGCGCCCGCGCAGGGCCUGCCACACCUACUAAGCGCAAGAGGGGCGGCAAGCAGGAAAAAAAUGUGGUGAAUAGUGUAGAUGGUGCAGAUGGUGUAGACAAAUUAAACACGGCGACACACACAGAACACCCAAACACUCACAGUCACAACCACACUCACACACUUCAACACCUCGGCUUGGUCGCGCAGACACUCGCACUCAACGUGCCCACAUCGCUCACACCCGUCACGGAUAUCGUCGGCUGCCUCCUCGCAAACAACCCCUCGCUGAAAGAUGGUAGGGCGCAUUGGGAGGAGAUGGUCGAGCGCACACUCCUAGACGCUCCAGGCGAGAUGUUUGGCUGCGUCGAACGCUCCGGUCGCGACGCCGCUAAUAGACCCCUCCCUAACCUCUACUACUACCAGCCUGCAAAUGACCCCGACAGAGUGCGCGCUCAGUCUCUCGCCCCUCUCACUCGCGUACCCCGCCUCGCUUCGCGCGCUUCACAAGCUAAAUCUAUCUUCUGGAAACCUGUCUCUGUGCGUCCGAAGAAAAAGUGGUAA